GUUGGAACUGACCCCAGUGUUCGGCUGCAGCAUGGCCACCGUGAAACGGCGGCUUCGGAGUGCGUUGACCAACUUGUACCCGAUUCAAUUUGUGGAGACAACCGAUCGGCACCUUCGAAUCAGCAUCUUCCAUUGCACCUUCUACGAUGCUGAGGCUCAGCAGCCCAUGCUUCCCAGGGAGGAAACUGAGCUGAAGCGAACCAUUUUCGACGUGCCACGACGUUUGAAAAAGCAGCAAGCAAUCAAAGAUGCUCUUGGUGUCACGACUUUGGAGUUUGGCGGCGACUGUGCUGCGGGGCUCUGCUGCGAGCGGCCGGGCAACACAGCCCCGGGCCCGGCGGUGGCUGACGCCGGGCGGCUGCAGAUUGAGGAACUGGUGAUCAAUGACCUUGAUCGCUACGAAGUGCAGGUGGACGACUGGCUUCCAUGUGUUGUGCGGGCCAUCACGGAGAAAGGAAUUGAAGUGGACCUCUAUGCACCUGGCAGCUUCUUCUGCGAAGAUCUGGGACACUGGGGUCCCAAAACGGUGACCGUUGACCAGCUCCGAGCACGACAGUGGGAGGUUUGUCGAGGAGAAGUACUUCGAAUCCCCGAGGGUGAAGUGAUGACGCUGCACACUGGACAGCAUCUUUGGGUCCAGUCGCGUGGCCCAGGUCAAGAUGAACCCGCUGGACGCUUGGAGAUGGGCGAAGGGUCUUCCCUCAGAUGUGAGGGUGGCACAGUGGACAAUGAGGGUAUUCUGUCCUUCUUCGUCUCAGUGCCCUUGCAGCAUGGCUUACGCCGCUACAGACUGGAGAUUGAAAGCACCAAGACGGUGCUGGUGGAUUGCGUGGAGGGCAUUCCAGAACUUCCAGUCGAGGAGCGCAGUGUGGCAUUGCAGUGCUUUAGCUGGAUCUUCGAACGCGUCUAUCGUCAAAUGCAGCUCCGAACUCUAGGUGGAUGCGGAUGGUACCUGGCUGAUGAGGGCCGGACCUUGACUUUCGGACCCGACCGAAAUACAUCGCCACGGGUCUUCCUCUACAAAGGAUUCCUGGCAUCGAGUGUGUAUGUGCGAGCGGGCCCUUGUUUGAAGGUGGACAUUUCAGUGCGGUUGAUUCAGAGCCAGACUGCCUUGGCACGGCUGAACUUCUUCCGAGAUCUGCUGAUUCAGCACCACCGGGAUCAAAAUCUGCCGAUGCCCAGCAAGGUGGAAAUGGACGCCUUUUUGCAGAAGCGCAUGGUGGGACGUACCUGCAUGAGCCGACACAACCAGAUUCACUACAAGAUCCAAAAGGUCUGCAUCGACAUGGAUCCAAGUGCAUCCUUUCCCUUUGAAGAUGGUGAGAUCACCUACCUGGAGUAUUUUCUGCGGCGACAUGGCAUCACGUUGCAGCGGAAGCAGCCCAUGUUGUAUUGUCCCUUCCGUGCGAAGCAGGAGGUCUAUCUUCCUGCAGAAAUUGCUUUCCUCACCGGCCUGGAUGAUGAGUGGAAGCAGGAUAAGGACUUUGCAGCUGAGAUUUGGCAUGGUUUGCGCCACAUCCCCGAGGAGCAUUGGCGACUCCAGGCCAGAUUGAUGACAGGCCUGAACGAGACCAAGCAAGGGGAAGCCCUUCGUGAGUGGGGUGUGAAGGUCGCCUCCAAACCCAUCACGGUGAACUUUGGCGAACUGCCACAGGAACCAGUCUACUUCAGCCCCAAGGUGGAAGAGUACUUUCAACAGCUGCGUGUUCCCCCACCAGAGCUGGCCAUCAAAACAUCUCGCUAUGGCUUUGAAAGACGACCGUGGCCAGAGGUCUGGACCCGCCCGGGCGAGAGCAUCACCUUGGGUCGAUGGCUGAUCUUCGCGCCAGCCGGCGACAAGGACGUGGUGGAACACUUCAUCCUGGAGAUCGAACCGAUGGUGGGCGAACUUCGAUCCGCUGAGGACACUGGCAACAAGAUUGACAUUUCAAAGCCGACAGUGGUUUUGAUUUCCGCCUCUUCAGUUAGCGGCUGGGUGAAGAAAUUGUUGGCCUAUCAGCCUCCUUGGGGGAAGGAUUUGACGGACUUUGUUCUCUUAGCCAUUCCUCAGGGAAAACGCCGAGAUCAGUACUACUAUCAGCUCAAGAGUUUACUCACAUUCCAGUGGGACCACUGUUGUCCUUCGCAGUUGGUUCUAUCUUCAACAUUGCAGCGAGAGACGCAGAGAAUGCAGGUUUGGCGUAGCAUCCUGCAACAAAUCCUGGUGAAGAAGGGUGCGUUUUUGUGGGCCAUUGACCCCUUGCCCUACGUGGGGCGCAGCAUCAUGGUCGUGGGCCUGGACACCAUCAAGGCUGGAAAGGAGGCUCCAGUGCUUCAGGCGCUAACAGCUUCAUGCAACGUUUACUUCACCAGCUACUACAGCACCUGGCGAGUGGCAGAAGAUCCUCAUGGUGGUCAAGCUGGAUCAUUGAUGAAGGAGGCGCUACUGCACUUCUACCAAAAGAUGCGACGUAUGCCUGAUACAGUGAUCAUCUAUCGCGGUGGAGUCAGUGAAAGCCAAGAAAUGCUGUUGAUGGAAGAGGAGAUCCACGAGCCAUGCGAGGCGUCCGGCAUCCUGGCAGCCUUCGACUCCCUGCAAGCUGAGGCUGGUGGCGAGUUAGACAGCUGGCGGUCGAAGGUCACCAUGGCGUAUAUCAUGGUCAAGAGGUCAGUCAGUUCUCGCUUCAUGGCAGACGAUGGAGACAACCUCCCCAGUGGAAGUUAUAUCACAGAUGAUGCAGUGAUGCCAGGUGGAAAAGUGCCGGAGAACACCGUGCGUUUGGAUUUCUACAUGGUCUCCCAGACCUAUGUCGUGGGUACUGCUAGGCCGACCUUGUACAGUGUGCUCUACAACACCUUGACCCUCACGAAGCUUGAGAUGAUCCAGCUGACCCAUCGGCUUUGCGGGGUUUAUAUGACCUUCCCGGGCAUGGUAUCCAUACCAGCACCACUGAAGUACGCUGCGAAGCUCUUGAGCCUUUUGAGCAAGCGCCGGCCUCGGUUGUGGUCAUUCCAAGUGCCAGCAGGUGCCCAAAGAGCCAACAGGAAGACUGAAGCUUUGGAGGCCGAACCUCUUCUUCGUGUGAGCAUCGCUAGCGGCGGCAUGGACAGCGUCCUGACUGACAAGCAGAACGCAGAUGCGAAGUGGAAAGCGCAGAUCGACCUCCCAUGGCACAAACUGGAAGCCGACUAUGUCGGUGACGUAAGCUCUGUUGGCACUGCCAUCAACGUGGACACGACCAAAAAGAUUGCACGGCAUUGCUUCAUUUGCCAAUCAUUGGACCAUUUGAGUGCCGAGUGUCCUGAGAAGGUCUGCAAGCGGCCACUGCCAUGGGUCCAGGAGGUGUGUUGCAAGGACAAGGUGCCUUGCAAUCCUUCCAACGUGGAGGCCAGUGCUCAAAGUAGCAUCUCAUCGCGGCUCAGUGUGGUGAUCACCACCAGUCCUGUGCCCAGCCAUCCCUCGACCAUGAUGAUUGAAGCGGUCCUCGCCAGUUUUCAACGCGUCGAUGGUCUCGCAGAGUGUCCGUUGAUCAUCGUCUGCGACGGUUUUAAAGUCGUAAAGAAGACCACUUGGAAAGCGGGGAAGGUCACUGAAGAGAAGGCUGCGAACUAUGAAAAGUACAAAGAGAACUUGAAGAAACUCCAAGAUGAUGGGCAUUUGCCAGCAGGCAGCAAACUCAUCAUUUUACAGGGGCACAACGGACAGGCCAUGGCCGUGAAGGCUGCUCUACAAGAAGUGGAGACGCCUUUGGUAUGUAUACACCAGCAUGACUUGGAAUUUUCCUUCAACUUCAGUCUAGACAAAGUGCUCGACAUCUUGGAGGACAAAAAGAAUCCAGUGAAAUACGUGGGCUUGCCCCUGCUGGUGAAUUUGCACUAUGAGGCCAUCGCCUUCCAACAUCAUGGCGUCAAGGUGAAGCCUGAAGUCUUUCACGAGAUCACUCUGAUGCCGAUCGUCUUCUGGUAUGAUAGUACACACAUUGCUGUGGUGGAGCACUACAAAUCCUUGGUUUUUGGGCCCAGCGAGACGUAUGCUGCUGGAAACUUCGUAGAAGAGACCUUUGGUGUUCGUCAAAGAAACGACAUCAUGACCAACGGAAUGGACGGAAUGGAGGGAGUGCACGCAAGGUAUGGCACGUAUCACUGUAUCUCUUUGUCCCCAGAUGGCAGCCGUCGCCCCUUGAUCUGCCACCUGAACGGCGUCCGCUUUCUGACGCCAGAACAACGGGAAGCUUUAGGAUAUCCUCCGGACCCUCCAGUGGAGUUUUAUCCCUCUCGGACCAUGACCAGCCGCAAGGAUCGGAAGGUGCGCCACAUUUUGGACAACGUGUUGGAGUUGGCGGACGUGCACAUGGAAUUUUCUGCGGCUGUGCGGAAUAUUCUCUCCAAGUUGUUGAAUGACACCCGUUCUGGCCCCGGUCGUGUUGACGUGCUGAUCAUAUCCUAG